AUGCAGUUCACUACUAUGCUUACCGCUCUGUCCUUUGGCAUUGGUGCCCAAGCCUGGGCCCAGGCUGCCAAUGGUGAAUGGAUUGCCAACAAUGAGUUGGGCUGGGAUUAUAACAGUGGUUACCGUGUUUGGCAAGCCUGUACAUGGAGGGAGUCAGGUGGUUUGGUCCCUCUUGGUACUGGCUGCAAGUACUGGAUGAAUUCUAUUGGUGAUAUCCACCACGGAGUUUGUACUCAGGAUAACAUGGGUCCUGGAGGUAUUCGCUACUGCAGGUAA